GAGGCGCCGCGCCCCUCCUCCUCCUCCCCCUCCCGCCAGCCCUGCAAAGCGGAUCGCGAGCGGCGCAGGGAUCUCCGGCCGUGCCCGGGUGCUGAGGCUGGGACUGUCACUCAUUCUCCGAUCGGCUCCUGGACGCAGCCUGGCUGGGCAGCAGCAGCUGGCCAAAAAAAACACCGACACCCCCCCCCCCCCAUUGCAAAAAAAGGAGAAAGGCUCCGGCCACCGCUCGGGGGGCAUUCGGGUUCCCUCCCCACCUGUGAAGCCCCGCCUGGACCAGCCCCGGGUUGCUUGGGAGAAAGGGGGCAGCUGCUCGGUUUUGCCAGGGGAACUUCCUCGCCGCCCGGCCGCCCUGCAGGUGACCAUGCUCCAAAGCCGGGAUCUCGUCUGGACUUUGCUUUUCCUGGGCACCGCAGUCUCUCUCCAGGUGAACAUCAUUCCAAACAAGGUGGAGGUUGCUGUGGGAGAGUCCAAAUUCUUUGUUUGUGAAGUAAUUGGGGAUGCCAAACACAAAGACAUUUCCUGGUUUGCCCCCAACGGUGAGAAGCUUGUGACAAACCAGCAGCGCAUCACUGUGGCACCCAAUGGAGACUCUGAGUCCACCCUCACCAUCUACAACGUGGACAUAGAUGACGCCGGCAUCUACAAGUGCGUGGCCACCAGCGAUGAUGGAGAAGCUGAGGCCACACUCAACGUGAAGAUCUUCCAAAAACUAACCUUCAGGAAUGCCCCCAGCCCACAGGAGUUUAAAGAAGGCGAGGACGCCGUCAUUGUGUGCGAUGUGGUCUCGUCCAUGCCUCCCACCGUCAUGUGGAAGCACUUGGGCCGGGAUGUCGUCCUGAAGAAAGAUGUCCGGUUUGUUGUCUUGGCCAACAAUUUCCUACAGAUCAGAGGGAUAAAGAAAACGGACGAGGGCAUGUACCGCUGUGAAGGGAGGAUUCUGACCCGUGGGGAGGUGGACUUCAGGGAGAUCCGGGUCAUUGUUAAUGUUCCUCCUACUGUUCAUACUAGGCAAAGCACUGUGAAUGCCACGGCAAAUCUUGGCCAGUCAGUCACCUUGGUGUGUGAAGCUGAUGGCUUUCCAGAGCCAACCAUCAGCUGGACAAAGGACGGGGAGUCAAUAGAACAAGGGGAGGAUGAUGAAAAAUACGGGUUUAGUUAUGAUGGCUCGGAGCUGACAAUCCGCAGGGUGGAGAAGAACGAUGAGGCAGAGUAUAUCUGCAUUGCUGAGAAUAAAGCUGGAGAACAUGACGCCACGAUUCAUCUCAAAGUUUUUGCGAAACCCAAGAUCACCUAUGUGGAGAACAAAACAGCUAUGGAGCUGGAAGAUCAGAUCACCCUGACCUGUGAGGCCUCUGGGGACCCCAUCCCUUCCAUCACGUGGAGGACCUCCACUCGCAACAUCAGCAAUGAAGAGAAGGCUUCGUGGACUCGGCCCGAGAAACAAGAGACCCAGGAUGGGCGCAUCGUGGUUCGUAGCCAUGCGCGGGUGUCAUCUUUGACACUAAAGGACAUUCAGUACACAGAUGCUGGGGAGUAUAUCUGCAUAGCCAGCAACACCAUCGGGCAGGAUUCCCAAGCCAUGUACCUGGAAGUUCAAUAUGCCCCAAAGUUGCAGGGCCCUGUUGCAGUUUACACUUGGGAAGGCAACCAGGUGAACAUCACCUGCGAGGUCUUUGCUUACCCCAGUGCUGUCAUCUCAUGGUUCCGGGACGGGCAGCUGCUCCCCAGUUCCAACUACAGCAACAUCAGGAUCUAUAACACGCCGACUGCUAGCUACCUGGAGGUGACCCCGGAUUCAGAGAAUGAUUUUGGGAACUACAACUGCACAGCAGUCAACCGGAUUGGCCAGGAGUCCUCAGAAUUCAUUCUUGUUCAGGCAGAUACACCCUCUGCACCUUCCAUUGACAGAGUGGAGCCCUACUCCAGCACAGCUCAAAUUGAGUUUGAUGAACCAGAGGCCACAGGUGGGGUGCCCAUCCUCCGGUACAGGGCAGAGUGGAAAGCCCUGGGAGAGGAAGACUGGCAUGGCAAGGUGUACGAUGCCAAGGAAGCCAACAUGGAAGGCAUAAUCACUGUUGUGGGCCUGAAGCCGGAGACCACCUAUGCUAUCCGACUGUCUGCCGUCAAUGGCAAAGGUGUGGGUGAGAUCAGCACUAUCUCGGAAUUCAAGACGCAACCAGUUCGCACUCCACCGCCACCAACCCAGCAUCCUGCUGAAUCCAAAAGCACGGAGCCAGCCAAAGGGGAACCAAGUGCACCCAAACUGGAAGGACAGGUGGGAGAGGACGGAAACUCAAUCAAAGUGAACCUUAUCAAGCAAGAUGACGGAGGAUCUCCCAUCCGGCAUUAUCUCAUCAAAUAUAGAGUUAAGCACUCCUCAGACUGGAAGCCAGAGAUACGUCUCCCUUCUGGCAGCGACCACGUCAUGCUCAAGUCUCUCGACUGGAACUCAGAAUAUGAAGUCUUUGUGAUUGCGGAGAACCUGCAAGGGAAGUCCAAGCCUGCCCAUUAUGCCUUCAGGACCUCAGCUCAACCAACCAUCAUCCCAGCCAGCAGCAGCCCCACAUCAGGGCUGGGCACCGCUGCAAUCGUGGGCAUCCUCAUCGUCAUCUUCAUUGUCCUGCUGGUGGCCAUCGACAUCACCUGCUACUUCCUAAACAAAUGCGGCCUUUUGAUGUGCAUCGCCGUCAACCUGUGUGGCAAGUCUGGGCCUGGAGCGAAGGGCAAGGACAUGGAAGAGGGCAAAGCGGCUUUCUCGAAGGACGAAUCCAAAGAGCCCAUUGUGGAAGUGCGGACGGAGGAGGAACGGACCCCAAACCACGACGGAGGGAAACACACAGAGCCCAACGAAACCACACCUCUAACAGAGCCUGAGCACCCUGUCGACACUGCGGCCACUGCUGAGGAUAUGUUGCCAUCUGUCACCACCGUCACCACUAACUCUGACACAAUCACCGAAACCUUCGCCACUGCUCAGAACAGCCCCACCAGCGAGACCACGACCCUCACGUCAAGCAUCACUCUGCCAGCCACGCCCAUGCCUGAUUCCAAUUCAGUGGCACCCAAUCAGGGCACGCCUAAAGCCACGAUGGCCUCCUCGCCGCCGCCCGCCUCCACUCCCAAAGUCGCCCCCCUCGUCGACCUCAGCGACACCCCAGCUUCCGCUCCGGCCGCUGCCAAGUUGUCGUCGAGCGUCCUGACCAGCCAGGGGACGGUGCUGAACCCCAGCACCACUGCUCAAGCCCCAGAGACAACCAAGGCUCCCUCGGCGUCUAGCAAAUCCCCCGCCCCACAGCCCCCCAACCCUGCAAGCCCUCCGGCCUCAUCAGAGCCAAAGAAGGAGGCCUCCGCUGUCAAAAGCCCAGGAAAGGAAGCCACACCGCCGAGCGCAAUGAAGAGUCCGGCAGAGGCUGCCAAGAGCGCAGUCACCCAGAAGAGUGAGCCUGCCACAGGGGGUGCCACAAAUCCCACGCAGAACGAGGACUUUAAAAUGGACGAAGGGACCUUCAAGACCCCAGACAUUGAUCUUGCCAAGGAUGUAUUUGCUGCCCUGGGCACGGCGGCUUCCCCCCCUGGGGCUGGAGGCCAAGCGGCCUCUGCCACACCGGAAAGUUCUGCCUCGCCAGCACCUGCAAAGACAGAGAAAACCCCCGUAGAAGAAAAGCCCGCAGUUCAAGCCACAGAAGCCAAGACAGCCCCUGCAGAAGUCAAGACGGUCCCCAACGAAGCCACGCAAACAAAUGAAAACGAAAGCAAAGCAUGAUGGGCAAGCAAGCCAAAACAAAACACAAUAAAAAAAUUGAAAGAACAACUUCACCUGAGCAUUUACAACACGACACGCAUCUCACCCCUCUAGUGUCUUUGCCUUUUUUUAAAAGAGAACAGACAAAAAUGCAUACAUAGGGGGAAAUGUUUUCUUUUGUAGGUUUGUAGGAUUUUUUUUAUUCCUUGUGCACUUGCUUUUAAAAAAUAUAAUCUUUUUUUUUGUAGGAUAAGCCCACCACCCCCCUUAGGACACCACAGUCCUAGCAAAAUAGCCAUGCGGAGCUCUAAAAAAAUGACCCGCAGGUUGCCUAGGAGAUUCAGAGGAGAAUUAGGAGGCCGAGGCUCUGCCAGGGUGAGCCGGCUGCGCUGCCGGCUGCGGCCGGGUCACAAAUCCUUUAUUUUUAUACUUUUCAGUUGAGUUCAGAAAAAUCUGUUAACUCUCAGAAGUGAUCUCCCCCCCCCCCCUCCAUUUGCUUUGAACUUGUUCCAUAUGGGAAGUUGUUUGCCUUUCCGAAUGGUGUUCUGUCUUGUGUUGUGAAGUCCCAGAGCGGGAAGGUCCUUGAGCAGUCUUUGGCUGCAGCACCUUUGUAGCGAAGGAGAAGGCCGAGCUCUUCCACGGAGUUCAUUUCAACGGUGCCAGGGCAGGAUACGCCCCUGACGGUUUUUGCUCCUUGGGGAUGGUUUGUUUUAAUUCCAACAUUAUAUUUGUUUCAUUUUAGGAAGAAUGCAGUUGGACAGCAUUGGGGGAUAUAUGCAUAUAUAUAUAUAUAUAUAUGUAUAGAAAGAUAGAUCUCAUAUAUAUUAUAUAUGUGCAUAUAUAUUUCAAAUUGCAGUAUUCCUUAUUUUUUUUGUUCUGUUUUAUUUUAAAAUUUGUUUUGCCAACUUUUUUUUUCUUCCAGUGUUUACAAGCAACAAAACGUUUUUAAAAACUUUUGUUGUGUUUAAAUGUCUAUGUAAUAUAGCUGCCUUUUUUUAAAAAAGAGAAAAAGUAAAUACAGGCUAUAUAGAUUUUAGGUUGGCCAGCAUGCGUGCUUUGCAAAGGGGGAUAUGUUUUAAAAUGUGGAUGUUUACAGUAGCUGUUUCCCCUUUUUCUUUUUUUCGUUUUUUUUUAAUUAUUAUUAUUAUUAUUUUUAAUUUCUUACUGGAGUAAGAAGUCAAAGCGAGCCCCUCUUGUUCUCCUUUUGACACAGAUGAGCCGCUUAUGACAACUGAUGUCCUGGUUGGUAGCCUCUUUAUAAGCAGGAUUUUAACUUUAAGCACGUGAGCAACAAAAUGGAAGGGUAAAUUUUUGAAAAGCGGCCGCGCAGCCCACCCAAAGGUCAUCAGGAACCGGCCGAAGUUAAACUUGUUUAAGUCCCGUUGUGGGAGAUAUUUAGAUGGGAUACAGCACUGGCCAAUUCCCUGCUUCCCUAUUGGUCUAUGACCAUCAAUAAAUCAGUCAAAUGACUGGGCAGCUGAAAUAGACUUUUUAACUUUGGCUGAUCAUGGCCAAUCCGCCCCUCCUCUUCUUACCCUGAAAACUGACCCUCCCUUGUGAUCUUGCUCCUCUGUUUCACAUAUAGGGGCUCUCAGACAUUUCUGGGGCUCUGUGCCAGGUGAAGCAACCCUGUUCCCUUUGCUAGCAGGCAUGCGUUGUGCUCAUCAGCAGUAAAGGAAGUGUUGAGCCUGCCUCCGUGUUCAAGCUGUGGGGGCAGAAGCAGACUGGGAGGGAAGUCCUUUGCUUUUAGUGAGACGUUCUCUUCAAGCUAGCAACGUUUGGAAGGACUGCAAAUUCAGUUGAAGUGAAUGAAGACUAAGAUGAGUUUCUCCAGUUGAAUUUUUUUCAGGGGGUUUUGGCACAGGAAUUUGUCUUGCGAAUGCUUCAGUCUGGCAGGAAGACCUUGUUCAACCACAUCCUGGCUCAGUUUAAAUUCCACAGGGUAGUCAUCAGAUGCUCCCAGCUCUGCAAGCACGGGAGCAUUCGUAAGACCUAUGCAACAUUCCAGAUUACCCCUGGAAAUUCAAUUCAUGCUGAUGUGAGCCUACUUUUAAAAGUCUUCAAAAAGAUAUUUGAUAGCAUUUGUACUUCCAAACCACGCUGAGGGUCCAGUAUGCGGUGAGCCAGGCUCAACAACACGCAAGUAUGCUGCUUGCUAGGAGAAAUCUAUGGUUUAUGGUCCUGGUUUGGAGAAAAGAAAAGAAACCAUAGCUUGCGAAUCAGACAAAAUGGCAAACUAUCACCUGGCAUAACUGGAGAAUAUUUCCCAGAUGUGUGCAAGGAGGGAAGAAGUACAUGUUACUGAAAGUUUUGAAGUUUCAUUCCCUUCUUGGCAAAUGUGAACACAGUCUCUAGUUUCCACCCACAGAAAACUGGUCACUAGGAUCAUAUUU